GGAAGAGGAGGAGAUUUACUCUGAAGCAGCGACUCCCUCAGCUGAUCCUCCUCACUGAACUUGUUUUCAUCGGUUCGGUCAGAGUUCAGCUUAUUGAUCCGGACCAGAACCGUCCUCCGAAUCCACGGUGAAGUGAGUUAACGACACCGAAGUCCCAGAAGUUGGCUGCAGGGUCACGUCACGGUAAUCUCUUCUAACCAGGAGGAGGGAGGAGGAGCUCCAUGGAAACGGCCCCACCUCCGGACGUGAGCUGGAUGUGAGCUGGACACCCGGAGCCAGAGGGGAACAUGGGUAACAGCGCGCUGAAGUCUCACCUGGAGACCUCCCAGAAAACGGGAGUGUUUCAGCUGACGGCCAAAGGCCUGCAGGAGUUUCCAGAGGAGCUCCAGAAGCUCACCGCAAAUCUGAGGACAGUGGAUCUGUCUGGCAAUAAGAUCGAGGUUCUCCCAGCCUCAGUCGGAAACUUCCUGCAGCUGAAAAGCCUGACGCUGAACUCCAACAAGCUGACUGGCCUUCCUGCAGAGAUCGGCAAGCUGAAGAAGCUUGAGACCCUGAGCUUGAAUGGGAAUCAGAUCCAGCAGUUGCCCCCCGCCGUGGGCCAGCUCAAGGCCCUGAGGACCCUGAACCUGUCCGGGAACCAGAUAACCGAGUUCCCAGCAGGCCUGGGAACGCUGAGGCAGCUGGACCUGCUGGAUUUGUCCAAGAACAGGAUUCAGAGCGUCCCGGCAGCCGUCUCAGAGCUGCAGGCCAUCGAGAUCAACCUCAACCAAAACCAGAUCUCAGUGCUGUCAGCAGAAGUGUCCCACUGUCCACGUCUCAAAGUUCUGCGUCUGGAGGAGAACUGUCUGGAACUGUCGUCCAUUCCUGAGUCCAUCCUGACCGAGUCCCAGGUGUCCCUGUUCUCCGUGGAGGGAAACCUGUUCGAGGUGAAGAAGCUCCGAGAGCUGGAGGGAUAUGAAAAGUACAUGGAGCGUUUCACUGCCACCAAGAAGAAGUUCGCCUGAAUCCCCGCUACCAUGACGACUCUAGACUUGGCGUCAGUCUGUAACCCACCAUACUCUCGACCCCCAUCCUGCACCAGCCGGAGCUUCUUAUUGGUCUGCAGCGAGGUGCUUCCCGCAGCACUCCACACAGACACUGGACCUGCUGAGACGGAGACGGACGAUGACGGCGAGGCAGGCUCAAUACGACCACCUUGAGAUCCAGAGCGGCUUCUUAACCGGGAUUAGCUUCCAGGCUUUCACUGAGCGACGAGCAACAUGCACCUCCAGAAUAGGGACAUUGAAGUGAUGUCACAGACUUUCAUAAGUCCGGAUCUUGAUGCAGAAGAUCUUGAUGCAGCAGGUUUUUUUAAUUGGAGUUUUUCUCUGCAUGUUGUGACUCUGGCCCUGUGGCAGAGCUCAGGAGGCUUCGGAGAUGUUGGACGCUUCACGGCUGUUUUUGUCUCGCAUAAGGUCCGGUGACUUUAUAGUGCAGCUGCUCAGUGCGGCGUCACAUCGUACUCACCUGUUAGCAAAAACAUUAAACCGCUCCCCCCAGCUCAUGCCUUGCAGUUUUAUUUAAUCACCGCCAUCUUUAGCGCAUCCCACCAUGUGACCCUGUGAAGAUCCACCCAGCAGUGUGGAGCUAAAAGAAGAAAAUCCUUUCUUCUUUUAGGGGGCAUUUUUGUUGCUUCUAAUUAUCCGGCAGAGAUAAACAUGUAAUGUAAUGUGCAAACAGUUGAGCUGGGUUUGAGUCUAGGAACCAGACUUCUUACUUUUUGCUAUGACACUAAGCAAGUGUAUUCACUUAUCCUUAUGACUUUAAAACAAUCAACUGAAGUGAUACUCUGUUGAAGCCAGUAUGUGUCGUUGCCUGCUCUGUAAUUGUGUUUAAACAGACACAUUCUGUUCUCUGCUGCCGAAACAAACGGGUGGAGUGAAGGAGUGGCUCUCCAGCAUGUCCAUGGAAAUUUGUCUGUAAUCUUUUUUUGUCUUGUAUUUAAUUAAAGCGGAUGCUUAACAAGUUA